CUUCUUCAUCUCCUCCUUCUUAUUCUUCUUCUCCUCCUCCUUAUUCUUCUUUUUCUUCUUCUCCUCCUUCUUAUUCUUCUUUUUCUCCUCCUUUUUAUUCUUCUUCUCCUCCUCCUUCUUCUUCGACCGACCCCUUUCUUUCAUCCGAUCGUUCUCCUGUAUUCGAAAGUGCUACAUCCUCUUAUCACAUCAGAGAGGACACCGCACCACACCCACCCUGGCCUUUGGCAUCUGUUACCAAUUCCAUGUCAUCUCAUGACAGAACUCCAUCUCACGUUCAUACACAUCAGACAUAUACCAACUUCGGGACCAACUUACUUAUAUCAUCAUCUCCCUUUCCACCUCACCCAUCAUUAUCUCAUCCAUAUCCACAUUCCCAGUCAAGUUAUUCCCAUCUCACCUCACAUCCCUCAUCUUCCCCUUCUCCAUCUUCGUUUUCAUCCUCCACGUUGCUCCCCUCUUCGCCCCCUCCAAUCUAUUCAUAUUUCCCACCAUUCCAUUUGUCUACAUCUUCGUUCGUUUUACCUUCCUCAUCUUCCUACGCUUCUCCUGUGUCCAUGACGUCAUCAAGUGAAUCAACCGAGUCGACACAAUCAACACCACAAAUCGAUUGUGGAGGCGAGAUCUAUCUGGUAUCAAACGACCUUGAGAAGAUCGAGUCACCCAACUACCCAAGCACCUAUCCACCGAAUCUCCAUUGCUCAUGGUUCAUCCAUGGAACUCAAGGAUCUACCAUUAGAGGGACAUUCAUCAACUUCCAUUUACACUCCCCAUCUUCAUCAAUUACUGUCUAUGAUGAUGUUGGUGGCGAUGAUGUAGCUCUUGUUCUGUCUGCUACUGGGUCAGCGCUACCGCCAUCAUUUUCAUCAUCCAACUCAAUCCAAAUAGUUUUUAUUACUGGUCCAGUUCCUCAACAGAGUGGCGGAUUUUCACUCGUCCUAGAGCUCAUAGAGACCGAUACUGAGAACUCGACCGAUAUCGGAUCGCUUCAGGUAGAGACAUGGAUCAUCGUCCUCAUCAAUGCCAUGAUCGUUCUUCUUAUCAUCCUGACGAUCGUUUGCUUUAUAUUUCAUCGACGACCACCAUGUCGAGGAUCCAAUGUUGCCGACUACCAUGCAUGGCAGCUUAGAAGUACCAGACCACCCGUCAAUGGCCCAGCUCUACCUAUGACGAGCUCUGCAUGCUCUGGGAAUGAAAAGUCUGACAUUGAACAAGCUUUGGGCAUUGCUACUCGAGGUCGUCCAGAUGAUAUCGAUGGUAGUCCAUGGUUACCAUCAAGAAGAAUAUUCCGCCACAUCGACUGGAAAAUCGGCAAUUCACCCAAUCAUUCUUAUAACAUAGCUCGUGCACUUAAUCCAAACAAUGAUGAUGACGACAUCGAUGACAUGGUCAUGGAAACCGUGUUCGACACACGGAAUGCGUACCAUCCCGAUUUCCAUCUCGACGCCAACGAAGACGCAGACGGUGUAGAAAAUGGGAGAAUUGAUGGGGUCAGCGAAACCCGGAAUGAUGACGAUAAUGAAAGUGAUGAUAGAGAUGAUGUCAUCGCCCAUGACGUAUAUCAUGUCAAUGAAGACGAUGUUGAUGAAACAAAUGGGGACGAUGUUGAUGAGAAUGCCGAGAAUGACGACGACGAAGAUGAUGAUACUAGUAUCGGUCUUGAUGAGUUUAUGAUUGACAUGUUAAGAAAGAAAAACAAAGGAAAUGAAAUUGGCUGCACCUUCACAGAACCCAAAGAUGACAUUUCCCAGUGAGGAGGCAUGUUGAUCGCCUUCAUUCGAUCGCCUAAAGACAGUAUUUAUUUUGUAGGAAACGAAGAAAGAGAGAGAGGAGCAAAUGAGGAUGCAUCGUACAUCCCAAUAUUUAGUAUGAAUUCUUAUUCAUGACUUUGAAUUUAAAAUAAUCCAUGUUAUCAGGUCAUGGGUGGGAAUAGCACAUUGAGAACUCUACAAAGUGGAUAUGGUACUUUUCAGGUCACAAUAUUAUCAUGGAUUAAGGCACGAACUAAAUAUUACAUUGUACACCUCAGCUGGCAGAAGUAAUCCAUCUGUUCGUUAAGCUUGUUCAUUUAUGAGAUAUCUCAUCUAAAGUUUGAAAUCCUAAUUAAUAUUGAUAUAUUGAUGAUAUCCAUACAGGAUAAUUGGAUUAAGUCAAAUGCCUCCGCCCACCAUAGGUGGUGGUGUCGGGGCGUUUUGUUUUUGAGCCGUUCGUUCGUUUGGUCCGUCUGUCCCGUUCUCUGGGGAACUUCAAACUUCGUUCAAUUACGUUUAAGCACACAUGUUUGGGUAUAUCAGGUCGCAUUUUGAAGAAAACAAAGAUGCGGAGAUGCAAAAAUGAUCAAGAACAUUUCAGUUUUUUAAAGGCUGAAAAUCGUUUUUUUUUUUGGUAAGAAAAUUAGUAUUUCAACAGAAAUACCAUAGGGCAACACAUUCACUGAAACUUUAGAAAUCAGUAAUUUGCAUGGAACUACCAGUAUUCUUUAUCAUUUUUCAGUAAUAAUUACUGAAAAUCAGUACUACUUGGCAGCUCUGCUACUGUAACCGGGUUCCGUUUCACUUUUUGUAAUAACAAAUUGACAAUUUAUAUAAUCGAUUAAGCAUCAGCCAAUCAGAAAGAAGGAUUUCAGUAGCUUUUCACUCUUUAUUGCAAUUUUGUUAUCAUAACAAGUUUUAUGAAACGGUCCCGAUCGUGAUGCUUUUUAUGACAUUAUUAAUGGUCAUAGCGUGUGUUAUUAUUUCCACUUACCCAUGUCAGUAGACCGCUUUGCCAAGGCAAUACAAAUCGUGGACGUUUCAUUCAGAGAAACCUAGUAACGAGGUAUUCCUUUAAUCCUUAUCAAAUACUUGGAAUCUGGUUUGCAUACAUUAAAGGGGUACUCCAGGCUGACGAUAACCUGACUUGAACAGAUACAGAAAAAUCAGACAAACAAAACACUGAAAAUUUGAUCAAAAUCGGACAAGGAAUAACAAAGUUAUAAGAUUUCAAAGAUUUGCAUUAUUUCGGUGAAACAGUUCUAUGCACGUCUUCAUGAAUAUUCAAUGAGCAAUACUCAAUGAGCAAACAUAUGUCAUAUCCUCACUUCCAUUUUGAAAAAUAUUGCUGAACUUCAAAAUUCAAUAACCUUAUUAUUUAUCAGAUUUCGAUGAAAUUUUCAGCAUUUCGCUUAGUGAAUUUUACUCUUUAUAUAGAUAUAAUCAUUUUCAGCCUAGAGUACCCCUCAAAUGUUGCAAUGUCUGACAAGCUUAAAUUGAUGCUCCAGGCUGAAGAUAUUUAUAUUUCAAUAAAUAUAGUAAAAUUAACAGAGCAAAGUGCUGAAAAUUUGAUCAAACUUGGAUAACAAAUGAAGUUAUUAAAUUUUAUUCCGGUGAAACAGUUCUAGGCAUGUCUUCAUGAAUAUUCAUUAGUCGAGCUGAUAACUCGUUCUUUUGUAUUUCAUUAUAUGAAAUUAGGUUUAUUAACAAAAUAUUACCAGAACUAAAACAAUCGGAUUGACAACCAAGGGUGUGAGUGGUCACAUAUAAAAAGAUCUGAAAAAAGCUGAAGAGUGUUGAAAAAGUCUGAAAUAGAAAGAGCUCCCAUACUUUUUGUACAGAGGAAAGCCAAAAAUAAGCUGAAAUUAAGCUUAAAAAUCAAAAACAAAAAAAAUCUGAAAUCAGAUAAAAAUCUUAACUCUCACACCCCUGGACAACUGACCAAGUGCAUUAGUUAUUAAUUGCUGCACCUUAUUUCAUCAUAAUGGAGACACAUCAUUUACACAUGUUUGAAAAAAAUAAACAAUUAUGAUUUCAUGUAAUAUAACAAUGUGGGGAUGUGAUAUCAUCAGCCCGUCUAGUGAAUAUUCAUGACGAAAGGCAUAUAACUGUUUUGAAAACUCUUGCUGAACUUUACAAUUCAUAACUUUAUUUGUUAUCAAAUUUUUAUUUUUAAAAAACAUUUUUGCUUGGUGAAUUUGACUCUAUUUAUAUAGAUAUACCUAUUUUUCAGCCUGGAGUACCCCUUUAAUUGUAGCUAUGUCAGGCAAACUUAAGUCUUGCAUUUUAGAUCAUUAAAAAUGUGC